GUCAGCGAGCACUUUCACUACGAUUCAAGAUGGCGUCCAAUCAAGAAGGGAAAUGCAAGCUUUUUGUCCGACAUUUGCCCAGUAUUCUGAGUAAUGACGACAAAAUUGACUUGCUUAAACACUUUGGUGCAGUUGAAGUCGUUUGCAUGGGAAGGAGUAGCAAGAUGAAAGAUUCUGCAUUUGCUGACUUUAAAGAUGAAACMUCUGCUGUAAAGGCAUUAAACAGACUGCAUCAACUAGAAGUGCUGGGRUCCAGGCUAGUGGUUGAAUAUGCAAAGAAAAGUCAUGAACGACUGGCUGCACAGAAUUCACACAGAAUGUCACCUAGCAGGGAUAAGGAGGAUGUUUUUGAUGAUGGCAUUCAAUUUGAUAGAAAAGAUGAAGCUGAUAUACAAGACAAGAAUGGACAGGCAAAGAAGGAAACAUUGGAUGGUAUUGCACCCAAAAUUGGGAUCAAAUACAAGUCCAAUCCCAACCUAAGAUAUUUAUACCCACCUCCUAACACAGCCAUCUUGACCAAUAUUGCACACACACUGGCUUGUGUACCAAAGUUUUAUGUCCAGGUGCUUCAUUUGAUGAACAGAAUGAAUUUACCAGCUCCAUUUGGACCUGUUACCCCUACCCCACCCUCUAUUGGAGAAAGACAUACAAAUGACAAUAGAAUAUCCAGUGAGGAAUCAGAAAUGGAAAGUGAUGAAGAAGACAAAGAGAAAAGAGCAAGAUUGAAUACACUUCAAAAGAAAUCAAAGCCUGAACUUCAGUCAACGAAACGAGUCAAAUUAAAACCCACCAAGGGUCCUCUACCAAAAAAACAAAAAACCUCCAGUAGCAUUAAACAAGAGUCUGUCGAAGAAGCCUUUGAACAGACUGCUCAYCAACUUCGCAAGAUUGAAUUUAAUCUCAACGAUGCCAUUACWUCUAUAUUUGAUGCUGGACCUCCUCAAAUGGAAAUUCCUAAUGAUUCCGUUGCGAAAGGUUCUUCUGUGGUUGAAGGAUUUGGGAAGUUUGAACCUCAACCAGACGUACCUUUGGAUGAACAUGUUGAUGAUGCCACUAACAUGGAGGAAAGCGAUGAUUUUAUUACUCUMAAAGAAUUGGAGGCUAAUAGAAUGAGUCAGAAAGAACUAAACACGACGUCCGCAUUAAAGAACUACUCCGUAGGUGAAGUUACUAGUAGAUUAUACGUMAAAAACCUGGCUAAACAGGUCGAAGAGAAGGAUCUUCAAUAUAUAUUCGGUCGUUAUGUGGACUUCAGUUCCGAAGAAGAAAAAGACAGGUUUGAUAUACGUCAUAUGAAGGAAGGUCGUAUGAAGGGACAAGCAUUUAUCACUCUCCCAUCAGAAAGUAAAGCUAAGAGAGCCUUGAAGGACGUACAUGGUUACAUACUGCAUGGAAAACCUAUGGUGAUUCAAUUUGCACGUUCAGCCAAGGCAAAGGAGACAAGCUAACAUUUACUGUAUAUAAUACAGUAGCACCCGCUUAGUUAAACAUUGAAUGACAGCUGUGAUUUCCAAAACAUAUUAUUAUAUAUCAAAUAAAUUUUAUCAUUUAAAAGCAUCUUGUAUCCCUUAUUUAUCGCUAAAUACUCUUACACUAAUGCACCUUAGUA